GACGUUCGGGCUUCGCCCCAACAAAGGGCAAGGCUCGGAUGGUGCUCAAGCGCCCCGCUGCAACCGAGACCAGGGGCUGGAAGAACGCGCCGUACGUCGGGGAGAAGGACGCGACGCCUGGCAGGGGCUUGCGCCGCGAGCAGGCAAAGUGGAAGCGCGCGGCUCCAGAGCUCUUGGCGGCGCCUGACGCGGAGAUCGUGAACGCCUUGCUGGAGGACAAGCUGCUCGUCGAUUGGGCGGGGGCGACCUGUCCUUUCUGCGGGCGCGGCAAGCUCGGGGACACGUUGUCCCCCGCCCACCUCAACCCAAUCUUCAGCGACCGCUCGACGUCCGGGAGCUUGCAGAAGCAGGCCGUGGUCCUACUGGCGAAGCUCACGGGGACUUCCCACGCGAACGCGCACAUCAUGUUCGGCGUCAACCACAAGACGGUGGAGCGGGUUUGGAGCAACGUUGAGCAGGCUCGGGGGAUGUACGUGGAGGACGUUGAGCCAACCAUUGAAUACAGUGGGCCGAAGGCGUGGGCCGACGUGGAAGCCGACGAGGCGACCUUCGACAAGAUGGCCCAGCCGCGCACGCUGACCCUUGCGAUACUGAGCCCUGAGAUGGCGGAGAAGCGGGCGCCUGGCCCUAGGGAGUGGAAACCUCUUGCUGAGCGCUGGCUGAAGGACCGCGAUGUUGUCUUUCAUACUUACUCUGCGCGCUCCUACAAACGACGCGUGCCUGGUGUCAUGCACGACUCCGUUGUUCACAAAAAGAAGUACAAGAAAGUCGGCGGCAAGAGGGCCCUCAUACCCCACAAGUGCGUGGAGCUGAAGACGCACGUGCUCCCGUCUGGCAAGCACCCCAAGGUCAAGAGCGGCACGCAGAUCAUUGACCGUGCGUGGCGUUUCAUUGAGGACCGCGUGCGCAGGGGCGCCGCCGCCAAGGCAGGAACUAGGCUGCUUGCCACCAAGAUCCGCUCGGCCCAAUACGAUUACUGGCACAAGGACGACGACAUGUGGGUUAAGACGGGAGAUAUGGUGAAGCACAUCAUGCGCGACGCGCUGACGGCGUGA